UCGUCGUUGACGUCCUCGUCUUCCAAAGCUGGAAUUUGCGUUUUCUAUUGUCUUGGCGUUCAUCAAGGGGGGUGAACUACUGAACGCUUUGGUUUUAUAAGUCUCAACGAAGGCUUGAGAUUUUGUUUGUCUCUUCCACUUUUUCUUCUUCGUUGAGGAUCUAGGGCUAGGGUUUCUUCUUUGGUUCUGGUUCAGUCUCUGAGAGAGAGAGAGAGAGACAUUGUACGGACAUGGCGUCGCAGCAGCACCUGGACAAGAUGCAGCUCCGCCAGAAUUUCCGCAAUCUCUGGCACACCGAUCUCAUGGGGACCAUAAAGGCUGACACUCGCUAUUGCUGCUUUGCGUUAUGGUGUGCUCCAUGUGUAUCAUACAUGCUCCGGAAACGAGCUCUUUAUGAUGACAUGUCAAGAUAUGUAUGCUGUGCUGGUUACAUGCCUUGUAGCGGCAGGUGUGGAGAAAGUAAAUGUCCCGAAUUUUGCCUAGCCACUGAGGUUUUUCUCUGCUUUGGAAAUUCAGUAGCCUCAACCCGGUUUUUGUUACAAGAUCAAUUUAAUAUACAGACAACACAAUGUGAUAAUUGCAUCAUUGGUUUCAUGUUCUGCCUACAACAAAUUGCAUGCAUCUUUUCCAUAGUUGCAAUGAUUGUUGGAAGUGAGGAAAUUUCAGAGGCUUCUCAAUUAUUGUCUUGUUUGGCGGACAUGGUGUACUGCACGGUUUGCGCAUGUAUGCAGACACAACACAAGAUCGAAAUGGACAAGCGCGAUGGCAUGUUUGGGCCACCAGUAAUGGCAGUGCCCCCUAUGCAACAGAUGUCUCGCUUUGACCAGGCAAUUCCUCCAUCCGUUGGCUAUGCACCUCAACCUCAACCAGCAUAUGGACAGCCCUAUGGUUACCCACCUCCUCAGGCACAAGGUUAUCCAGCUGCUUAUCCACAACAUGGCUAUUCUAGGUGAUGUUGUUACAAUGUUACUGGUUGAUUUGCAAUGUCAGGUGAUUUUUCAGUGCUACAUGUUGGUUUGCAACUAAUGUUACUUUGAAGUUCCAACUUGUGUAUCCAUCUGGACGAAGCACUUGAGUCUUUGAUUUUUACUUGCAUAGGGGUGAUGAGAACAGUGAUAUAUUUGUGUGUGAUUUCGGUUUUUAUUGCCAAUUGAACUUCAAAAAUUAUAAAUAAAUCCUAGCUUCUUGUCC